CAGCUGAUGAGAGAAAACGUGUACGAGACCCUCCACACACCUCUAAAAGGGACUCUGUAGGACGUGGUAAGCCGAGGGGAAGGCGAGGAGGGCGACGCCAUGCCUCCGCUACAGCCACAUAUCCCACGUUUGAGUGCUCCCUUUCAUCCAGUGUUGAGGUUCCUUUUACUGCAACCUCAACUAAACUAAAUCCUCAAGAGGAAUUUGAAAAAAAUAUGGAGAGGCUCUCUGACAUUUUGGCGUCAUGUCCUUCUGCUGGUCAGCCUCAAAGUAGCUCUGCAUCAUCAUGGUCUUUUCGGCAACAGAAAGCCUCAGAGCGCUGGAAAGAAGCAAGACCAUACCACCUAAAAUGCCUUAUUUCAAAAGAGGCUGUUGGUCAUCCCCUGUGUGGCCUUUGCAACAAGCCUGCUGUUAUUAGGUGCAGAGAGUGUCUUCCUGAGGAGUGGUUCUGUGGGGACUGUGAUGUAUUGCAUCACAAAAAACAGCCACUCCACAACAGGGAAUGCGUGAUUCGUGGUUUUUUUGAAGCCAUUCCUCCAACCACAUGCAUCAUCAAAGGGGAAGCUGGAUUUUGCACCCAUGAGCAAGCUUGCAUUUUGCCAACUGUGAAGAUGCCAGACUGCUCCUGUGGAGGCACAAACUUCACUGUCUUACCAGGCAAACCAGUGAUUUUAAUUACCAUCAAUGGGCGUUUUGACUUGCAUCAGCCACUGUAUGAAUGUCAAACAUGCCAGCAGCAAUGGACCCCUGACUUUAAAGACCUCCUAAGAAGUGGAUAUUGGCCAGCCUCCAUCACCAAUUCCACACUUUAUACCCUGGACCUCUUGAGCUCCCUUCAGGAACUCAAGAUCAUAUCUCCGGGAUUCUCCAGACAAGCCUUCGCAAAGCUGCUGGAGCAUCGGACUAAGUGUGGAGGAAGAUCUGGACCUAUCAACGGCGAUGCACUGCAGCGCAGCUUUUUAGAGCUUUCGUAUGCAUCAUUUGAGGAAGACCAGCUCUGCUGUGGUGCUCCUUUCACCUGCCCAGCCUGCACACCAGAAAUGUUGGCUGUUUCAGCAGAUGGAAAUAGAAAGCUAUAUCGCUUUCGCCGAAACGGAAGCUCUGAUGAUCCUGGCUUUUUUGAGGGGCUCUUUGUGGCUGAAGACAGUGUGGUGUCUAGAUUUGUCGACACCAUACAGAAAGCAGUGAAAAAUGCAAGUUGA